AUGGCACCCCACCCAGAUGAAAGCCAAAAUCUGGCCCUUGAGCUCCAAGAUGGCUACGUCUGCUUUGGUCGCAGUUUUGGCGCGGAAAAGAGCAUUGCUGGAGAACUGGUCUUCCAGACGGGUAUGGUGGGCUACCCCGAAUCCAUCACUGACCCUUCCUACCGCGGCCAGAUUCUGGUCAUCACAUUUCCUCUGGUAGGCAACUAUGGCGUCCCCUCGCGCGAGGACAUGGACAGCCUGUUACAAGGCGUCCCAGCACACUUCGAGUCGAGUGAAAUUCACAUUGCCGGAUUGGUGGUCGCCUGCUACGCUGAAGAAGAAUUCUCGCACCAUCUGGCGACUUCAUCCCUCGGCGCCUGGCUCAAGGAGCAAGGCGUGCCUGCAAUCACAGGCGUCGACACCCGAGCGCUGACCAAGCGCAUCCGAGAGGAGGGAGCCAUGUUGGGACGUCUGCUCCAACGAACAGGCCCCUCUCCCCUUCGUACUAUAUUUUCAAAAAUCACUAGCGGAACCGAGACCCCAGACUCUCGGGAGCCUACCGAGGAGGAUAGCGAGCAGUGGAGGAGCAGCUUCGAGCAGCUCGAGUGGUCGGAUCCCAACACGACAAACCUUGUGGCUGAAGUCUCUAUCAAAGAGCCCAAGCUUUGGUCUCCUGACCCUGCCACAGCCCUCAAACACCCGUCUGGUCGUACCCUCCGCGUUCUUACUGUCGAUGUCGGUCUCAAAUACAACCAAUUGAGGUGUCUUGUCCGAAGAGGAGUGGAGGUUCUGCAAGUUCCAUGGGAUUAUGACUUCCCUCAGCUUGCAGGCAAAGACUACGAUGGCCUGUUCAUCUCCAACGGCCCUGGCAACCCAGCCAUGAUGGAGUCCACCGUGAAGCAUAUCAAAUCUGCCAUGGAAGAGGCGCGAACACCUAUCUUCGGUAUCUGUCUCGGUCACCAAUUGCUUGCUAGGGCCGCAGGUGCAGACACCCUGAAAAUGAAGUUUGGUAACCGUGGAGCCAACAUUCCCUGCACGAGCUUGCUUACAGGCAAAUGUCACAUCACGUCCCAAAAUCAUGGUUACGCUGUCGACACCAAGACUUUGAAGCAGGGUUGGGAGGAGCUUUUUGUCAACGCCAACGACGGGAGUAACGAAGGUAUCCGACAUGUGCAAAGGCCCUACUUUAGUGUUCAAUUCCAUCCCGAGCACACCCCUGGUCCUCGCGACACGGAGUACCUCUUCGACGUUUUCAUCAGCACAAUCCAGAAAGCCAUCAAGGCUCCGGAGAUCAUGCAAAAUCCAGUAGAGUUUCCUGGUGGCACAAUUGAGGAGAACAAGAAGCUGUCACCUCGGGUUGAUGUCAAGAAGGUACUUGUCCUUGGAAGUGGAGGUCUGAGUAUUGGACAAGCAGGAGAAUUCGACUACUCUGGCAGUCAAGCCAUCAAGGCGCUCCGUGAGGAAGGCAUCUACACCAUCCUGAUCAACCCCAACAUUGCAACCAUCCAGACCUCCAAGGGCUUGGCUGACAAGGUCUACUUCCUGCCAGUGAAUGCAGACUUCGUUCGCAAGGUGAUCCAGAAGGAGCGACCCGAUGGCAUCUACGUUACAUUCGGUGGACAGACUGCGCUUCAAGUUGGUAUUCAGCUCAAGGAUGAGUUUGAAGGUCUUGGUGUCAAGGUUCUCGGAACACCAAUCGACACUAUCAUCACAACCGAAGACCGUGAACUCUUUGCACGAAGCAUGGAGUCCAUUGGCGAGAAGUGCGCCAAAUCAGCCUCAGCAAGCAAUGUCGAGGAGGCCAUGCGAGCUGUAAAGGAUAUUGGCUUCCCUGUCAUCGUUCGUGCUGCCUAUGCGCUAGGUGGUCUGGGUAGUGGUUUUGCGGAGGAUGAGGCCCAACUUCUCGACCUCUGCAACAAGGCUUUCGCGGCCAGCCCACAGGUGCUUAUCGAGCGCAGUAUGAAGGGAUGGAAGGAGAUCGAAUAUGAAGUUGUCCGAGACGCCCGGGACAACUGCAUCACGGUGUGCAACAUGGAGAACUUCGACCCCCUGGGUAUUCACACUGGUGACUCUAUCGUUGUGGCACCAUCUCAGACACUAUCCGACGAAGACUACAACAUGCUUCGAACGACUGCUGUCAACGUCAUCCGCCACCUGGGAGUCGUUGGAGAGUGCAACAUUCAGUAUGCUCUCAACCCCUUUUCGCGGGAGUACUGCAUCAUCGAAGUGAACGCUCGUCUUUCACGUUCGUCUGCUCUUGCCUCAAAGGCUACUGGAUACCCUCUUGCCUUUGUUGCCGCCAAGCUGGGGUUGAACAUUCCCCUCAAUGAAAUCUCCAACUCGGUCACCCGUGUCACUUGCGCGUGCUUCGAGCCGUCUCUCGAUUAUGUCGUCGUCAAGAUCCCUCGCUGGGACUUGAAGAAGUUCACCCGUGUUUCCACCCUUCUUGGUUCAUCCAUGAAGAGUGUUGGUGAGGUCAUGAGCAUUGGGAGAACAUUCGAAGAAGCCAUCCAGAAGGCCAUUCGCGAGAUUGACCCCAGCAACCUGGGUUUCAACGAGACUGCCGCGCUUAUGGAGAUUGACCAGGAGCUGCAGACCCCUUCAGACCAGCGCUUGUUCGCUAUUGCCAAUGCGAUGAAGUCUGGCUACAGUGUCGACAAGAUCUGGGAACUGACCAAGAUCGAUAAGUGGUUCCUCAGCCGCUUGAAGGCACUGAGUAAUUUUGAAAAGAGCAUGUCGAGCUACGACACAAACACCAUUACCAUGCCACUGCUAAAGCAGGCUAAAGCCCUAGGCUACUCUGAUCGUCAAUUGGCCAAGUUUUGGGCUUCCAACGAGCUCGCAGUCCGUCGUGUGCGUGUUGACGCUGGCAUAUUCCCCGUAGUCAAGCAGAUUGAUACUGUGGCUGCCGAGUUUCCUGCUGUUACCAACUACCUUUAUUUGACAUACAAUGGUACUGAGCACGACAUCACCUUCAAUGACCACGGUGUCAUGGUUCUUGGUUCAGGUGUCUACCGCAUCGGUUCGUCCGUUGAGUUCGAUUGGUGUUCCGUACGAGCGAUCAGAACCUUGAGAGAGCAGGGAUACAAGACUGUGAUGCUGAACUAUAACCCAGAAACGGUCUCUACUGACUACGAUGAGGCUGAUCGUCUCUACUUUGAGAACAUUAGUCUGGAAACUGUGUUGGAUAUUUACACUCUUGAGAGUUCCAGCGGUGUCAUUAUUUCCAUGGGCGGGCAAACACCAAACAACAUUGCCCUUCCUCUUCAUCGUAUGAAUGUCAAGAUUCUAGGUACCUCGCCUGAGAUGAUCGAUACUGCUGAGAACCGUUACAAGUUCUCUCGUAUGCUCGACCGCAUCUCAGUUGACCAGCCCGCCUGGAAAGAACUCACGAGUAUUGAAGAAGCCACGGAGUUCUGCGAUAGGGUAUCCUACCCGGUGCUAGUACGCCCUUCUUACGUCCUCUCUGGAGCGGCCAUGAACACCGUCUACUCCCAGCACGACCUGGCGAACUACCUCAACCAGGCAGCCGAUGUUUCCAAGGAACAUCCAGUAGUCAUCACAAAGUACAUUGAGAACGCAAAGGAAAUUGAAAUGGAUGCUGUUGCGCGUAACGGUACCAUGAUCGGCCAUUUCAUCUCCGAGCAUGUUGAAAAUGCCGGUGUGCAUUCCGGUGACGCUACGCUCAUCCUCCCCCCACAGGACUUGGACCCUGAGACCGUUCGACAGAUCGAGGAUGCAACACGGAAGAUCGGGAUGGCGCUCAACAUCACGGGACCAUACAACAUCCAGUUCAUCGCUAAAGACAACGAGAUCAAGGUAAUCGAGUGCAAUGUCCGUGCCUCGCGAUCCUUCCCCUUUGUCUCCAAGGUCAUGGGUGUUGACCUGAUUGAGAUGGCUACCAAGGCUAUGGCUGGACUUCCUGUGGUUGAAUACCCACCCGUCAACAUUCCGGCAGAUUACGUGGGUGUUAAGGUACCUCAGUUCUCUUUCUCUCGCCUGUCUGGCGCCGAUCCCGUUCUUGGUGUCGAAAUGGCAUCCACUGGUGAAGUGGCUUGCUUUGGUCGCACCAAGUACGAGGCCUACAUCAAGGGUCUCAUUGCCACUGGUCUUAGAUUGCCCAAGAAGAACAUUCUGCUGAACGGCCGAUUACAUUCAAGAACAUGGCAUCCCAGUCAAGUUUUUGGAAGUUCUCACAAGUGGAGAGCAUGA